AUGGUUCCUUUGCUGGGCUGCGGGAGGAGGGAUGGGCUGCGCUGGCGCCCCCCUACCCCCGAGGGCUGGCUGGGUGGGAUCGUGGCCCUUGGGUGGCACCCGUGCGGCGUCUCCGCCCGUCUGCGUGGCUGUCGGGUGUUUGGUGGGACUCGCACGCUGUUGCAUGUGAUUGGGCACGCUCGGGUGGGGGGCCCCGGUGCCGAGUAUUUUUACAACAAACCCGAUGGUGCUGUAGUCUGGAGAUUAAGGCUUAUUUCUAGCCUGAUCACUAGUCUUUCAGUGAGCACUCUCCUGCAGAGUCCGGUAUUCACCAAACAGCCUGGUAGCAUUGUGUACCCUGUGGAAUCCAUGGAAAAGAACAGAGAGGUGGUAUUCAGCUGUGAAGCGCAGGCGAGUCCACCUCCUGUCUAUCGAUGGAAACUUAAUGGCACAGAAAUCAGUCCCAAAUCAGGAUCUCACUACAGUUUAUCUGGAGGCAACCUCAGAAUCAGUCAUCUGAACAAAGACCAAGAUGCUGGAACAUAUCAGUGCCUCGCCUCCAAUGCUUUUGGGACCAUCGUCAGCCGAGAGGCCAGCCUAACAUUUGCAUACCUUGAAAAUUUCAAAACCCACAGAAGAAGUUCUGUUUCGGUCCGAGAAGGUCAAGGAGUGGUUCUGUUAUGCGGCCCACCACCACAUUCUGGAGAUCUAGAAUUCUCCUGGAUUUUUAAUGAAUACCCAACAUUUGUGAAACAAGAUACUCGUCGCUUCAUUUCGCAAGAGACAGGGAACCUCUACAUUGCUAAAGUAGAGCCUUCCGAUGUGGGAAACUACACCUGUGUCAUUACCCAUCCUGUCACAAAGGCUCGUGUCCAGGGCCCACUCACCCCACUCGUGCUCCGUAAUGAUGGUGUGAUGGGUGAAUAUGAGCCAAAGAUUGAAGUCCAGUUUCCUGAAGUUGUUCACAUUGCCAAAGGAUCCACUGUCAAGCUGGAAUGCUUUGCACUGGGAAACCCAGUUCCUUCGAUAAACUGGAGAAAAGUGGAUGGUGUUCCUUUCCCAAGGAAAGUGGAUAUAAGGAAAGCAAGUGCUGUUUUGGAAAUCCCAUACUUCCAACAGGAAGAUGCUGGCACAUAUGAGUGUGUUGCUGAGAAUUCCAGGGGAAUUAACACAGUGAAAGGAAAGCUGUCUUUUUACGCUCCUCCCCAUGUCAUUGAGAAACCUCAAGAUGUCCAGAAGCUCAUUGACGCCUCGUUGGUGUGGGAAUGUAAAGCCACAGGAAAGCCAAAACCGUCCUAUAGGUGGAUGAAAAAUGGAGAGAACAUAGAGCCUGCAGAGGAGCGCAUACAGGUGAACAAUGGAGCACUGUUAAUCAGUCGCUUGACCCUGUCGGACACCGGAAUGUACCAGUGUGUUGCUGGGAACAAGUAUGGUGAGGUCUACUCCAAUGCAGAACUCCGAGUUAUCGCUGUUGCUCCAGAUUUUUCUCAUAACCAAUUGAGGAGCCAGACAUUGGUCAAGGUUGGAGGUGAUAUGCUUAUUGAGUGCAAACCCAAGAUGUCUCCAUGGGGUGUGAUCUCUUGGAGGAAGGGCAGUGAACCACUGGAAGAAAGUAAAAGGGUUUCCAUUCUGGAAAAUGGUAAUCUUCGCAUAUGGAACGUAACCAAAUCAGAUGCUGGACCCUACACCUGCAUGGCAAGGAACCAGUUUGGUGUGGCCAGUAGCACAGGAAGCGUCACAGUUAAAGAGCCCACUGUCAUCACCACUCAACCUGCAACCUUGGACGUUACUGUUGGGGAGAGUGUGGUCCUACCUUGUCAAGUGAGCCACGAUCCUUCAUUGGAACUCAAGUUCACCUGGUUCUUUAAUGAGCAGCUCAUUCACUUCGGCAACCAUGGAGGAUUUUUUGAGGAAGUGGGCGGUCAGCAUUCGGCAGGAGACAUUAUGAUUCGAAACAUCCAGCUGAGGCAUGCUGGGAAGUACACAUGUGCUGUGCAGACCAAGGUGGACAGUAUAUCUGUUGCUGUUGACUUGGUUGUCAGAGGUCCCCCAGGCUCCCCUACCAGCAUCCAAGUAGAAGAAAUCACAGAUACCACAGUGACUCUAUCCUGGAGGCCUGGUGCUGAUAAUCACAGUCCAAUUACCGCAUACACCAUCCAGGCCAGGACACCAUUUUCCCUCGGGUGGCAGGCUGUCUCCACAGUUCCUAAAGUUGUAGGGGGCCACCGUCUGACAGCAACUGUAAUUGACCUGAGCCCUUGGGUGGACUAUGAGUUUCGAGUGCUUGCCAGCAACACCAUUGGGACCGGCGAGCCCAGCAAGCCAUCCAAACAAGCCAAAACAAAGGGGACUUCUCCGAAGGUCACACCAGCUAGUGUGAGUGGUGGCGGUGGGAGUCGUUCAGAAUUAGUGAUCACGUGGGAGCCUGUUCCAGAGGAGCUACAAAAUGGACCGGGGUUUGGCUAUGUCGUGGCUUUUCGACCCCAUGGUGCCACAGGUUGGAUGCAGGCUGCUGUACCUUCCGCGGAGACCUCCAGAUAUGUCUUCAAAAAUGAAAGCAUCCAGCCAUUUUCACCCUUUCACGUGAAAGUCGGCGUGUACAACAACGAGGGAGAAGGUCCAUUUGGACGCGUCACCACAAUUUACUCUGCAGAGGAAGAACCUGGCCGAGCACCCACGAGGGUACGUGCCAAGAGCCUCUCAGCGUCCCAGAUUGAAGUUUCAUGGAAAGCUGUUCCCUGGAGUGCCAGUAAGAAAAGAGUUCUGGGCUAUGAGUUGAGAUACUGGAGUCGACGGGAAAAGGAAGACACAGCCAAUGUGCAAAGAACUGUGGGAAAUCUGACAUCAACUAUUAUUCACGGUGUAAAAGGCAGCACCACAUAUUACAUCUCGGUGAGGGCAUACAAUACUGCAGGAGCUGGUCCUCCCAGCACCACUGUCAACAUUACCACCAAAAAACCACCUCCAAGCCAGCCUCCUGGUAAAGUGAUGUGGAACACAUCAAACUCCAAGAUCAUUUUAAACUGGGAGCAGGUUAAAGCCCUGGAGAAUGAGUCGGAGGUCACAGGUUAUAAAGUGUUGUACAAAAAGAACCAACACAGCAAUCCCAAUGUCAUGGAGACAAACACAACCUCGGUUGAGCUCUCCCUACCCACUGACGAGGAUUAUAUCAUUCAGAUAAAACCAUUUGGUGAGGGAGGGGAAGGCAGCAGUAGUCGACAGAUCACCAUCCCAAGGAUACCAGGUCCCAAUGCAGUCGGCUCUGCAUCCAAGGUCUCUACUCUAUCAGCCCUCAGUACAAUAGCUCUGUCUUUCACAGCUCGGACAUCUUUAUGA